UCACGAUUCUUCAAUUAAUAAGAUCGUCUUCAAUUUUCAUUUCCCCAUUUCGUCCUCUUCGAACUCCGUGCCAUUUAACUCUUCUUUUUUCUCUCUCCUAAAUUCCUAAUUUUCUUUUCCUGAUUCUGCAAAAUGACAAUUUCUUCUACAAAUAAAGGUGACUCACUAAAGGAUGCGAGGAGUUCAUAUUUCAAUCUGCCACCACUUGAUAUAUCAGAAGCAUUCCCCCAAGCAAAACCUGCAUCCAUAUUUCCUCCUUGCGCAUCCGACUAUUAUCAAUUUGAUGAUCUGCUGAAUGAUGAGGAGAGGGCUAUUCGUGCAAAAGUUAGAGAGUGUAUGGAAAAAGAAGUUGCUCCUAUUAUGGCAGAGUACUGGGAAAGAGCUGAGUUUCCAUUCCAGAUUAUUCCAAAGUUGGGGGCCUUGCAUAUUGCUGGUGGGAGUAUUAAGGGUUAUGGUUGCCCCGGUCUUUCCAUUACCGGAAAUGCUAUUGCCACGGCUGAGGUUGCUAGGGUUGAUGCUAGUUGUUCGACAUUCAUAUUGGUGCAUUCUUCUCUGGCAAUGCUUACAAUUGCAUUGUGUGGCUCAGAAGAUCAAAAGAAGAAUUAUUUGCCUUCUUUGGCACAGUUAAAAACUAUAGCAUGUUGGGCAUUGACUGAGCCUGACAAUGGAAGUGAUGCAAGUGGUCUGCAAACAACUGCUACAAAGGUUGCUGGAGGCUGGAUAUUGGAAGGUCAAAAGCGCUGGAUAGGUAAUAGCACAUUUGCAGACUUACUCAUCAUAUUUGCUAGGAACACUGCAACAAAUCAGAUAAAUGGAUACAUUGUUAAAAAGGAUUCGCCUGGGCUCACUGCUACAAAAAUUGAGAACAAGAUAGGCUUGCGGAUUGUUCAGAAUGGAGAUAUAGUCCUAAAGAAGGUUUUUGUCCCUGAUGAGGAUAGGCUACCUGGUGUCAAUUCUUUCCAAGACACAAAUAAGGUACUUGCAGUUUCACGGGUCAUGGUUGCUUGGCAACCUAUUGGCAUUUCCAUGGGUGUUUAUGACAUGUGUCUCAGGUACUUAAAAGAGAGGAAACAAUUUGGUGCACCAUUGGCAGCAUUCCAAAUAAAUCAGCAAAAGCUUGUGCAGAUGUUGGGAAAUGUUCAGGCAAUGUUUCUUGUUGGUUGGCGCCUUUGUAAAUUGUACGAGAGUGGAAAAAUGACCCCUGGUCAUGCAAGCUUGGGAAAGUCAUGGAUUUCUGUCAAGGCAAGAGAGACAGUUGCUCUUGGUCGCGAAUUACUAGGAGGCAAUGGAAUCCUUGCCGAUUUUCUUGUUGCAAAGGCAUUCUGUGACCUUGAGCCCAUCUACACAUAUGAAGGAACAUAUGACAUCAACUCAUUGGUGACAGCAAGGGAAGUCACUGGUAUUCCCAGCUUCAAACCUGCAGCAAGGAGCCGCUUAUAGUGCAUGCUGCUAAAUUAUCCUCGCAUACCCAAGAAAGGAGGACUAGUAAACUAGGAUGUUGUUGCUUGCUGAACCAAAAAAGCGCUUCAUAUGAUAUGCUCAUGUUACCUUAGUAUGUUUGUAAUCCCGUUGUUAUACCUCUAUGAAACACAAAGUAGGUGGUGGGAUAGACAAUCUACAUGAAAAAAUACUAAGAGACUAUGUAAUCAUAAUCAAGUAUAGUUUUUAAACUUGUAUUUAGCAAUGUUAUCAUGCUCCUAUGUAUCAAAUUGUUGCAAAUUCGAAAAUAUCAAUCAUUGCGUAUUAUUUGUAUAGUAUACAGAAUGAUUAAAAGUCAAUAUUAGUUGUUGAAA